AUGUCAGACGCAGCUUCACGUGCAGCGGCUCGAAAGGCCAAAAUCCUAGCUAGGGGAAAUACGGGUUUAGCUAAACUAGCUCAAUCAGCCAGAGGGGAUGAAGCUCAGUCGUUAUAUGCGGAAGACUUCAAGCCUUCACCUUCAUCUACACCGCAAUCUGAAACACCUCCAAUCAUAUCACAGUCCACUAAAACCCCUUCCACUUCCACUUUCAGUUCAAGUUUGAAUCCAACUUCCAAUGCUCAAAGAAACCCUCAACCAGCCAACAUGUCAGCUGAACAACAAGCAAUGUCAUCUCAAUUAGAAUCCAUGAUGUCAAUGUUCGGUGGUGGACCUCCUGGUGGUGCAAAUGGUGAAUUACCUGAUAUGGCGACGAUGUUAUCACAAAUGAUGGGAAGAAUGGGUCCAAGUUCAGGUCCAGAGGGAUCACAAAGGUUAUUAGGUGAUUUAGAUGAUCCAGCAGGGUUAGGUGGAUUACCACCUAACCUCUUUGGUGGUGGCCGUGGUGGGGACGGCGGAAAUGGUGAUAUGCCAUUCCCUUUCCCAGGAAUGGGUAUGGGUAUGGGUAUGGGAGGGACAACGAAGAAAUCUAAAAGUGAAAGGUAUUUCCCCAUGAUUCACUUCAUCUCGAUAAUCCUCUUGGCACUUUUCACUGUCGGUUGGUGGGAACCGAUGAUCCAAUCGAGACAUCUUAUCAGCGCUAUCGAAGGUAAUUGGAUCCAAAGAUGGAGUGGUUUAUCUAAAUCAAUUGGUAAAUUCGGUGGUGUAGAAGUAUUGCCCGCAUUUUGGGCUUGGACAACUCUGGAAUUGAUCUUGCAAACGACAAGAUUCAUGAUUCUCAAAUCUCCCCCACCCCCUCAUUCACUCUUACAAAACUUCCUCCCUCUCCUUCCCCCAAAAAUUUCAAGACCUCUCUUAACCGGCUCAAGAUACCUGCAGUUACUUUCACAAACAUAUAAGGACGGUUGUCUGUUCAUUUUCUCUUUGGGCUUCAGCGUGAUCAUUGCUCAAGUAUUGGAUGGUGGUAGAAUACUUUAG